CGCUUUUUAAACAAUCCUUUCCUGUACAUACACAACGCAAAAAUCGUAAUAAACAAAAAUAUAUCACAGGGAUUGAAAUUGAUGAAAGCAUACAAGAAUCUGAUCUGUGCUGCUGCAUUAUUUUUGUUGAGAGAGAAAAACAAAAUCGCCAAGGAAAUUCAAAGUGUCUUUGUCUUCCUCUUCCAGCUUUUGAACUUUUACCUCUUUAAGUCUUUGGAGGCCAUGUAUCAGUAUUUUUACUUUAGGUACUGUGACAUUUUCAGAGCCACAAAAUUUUUUAAGGUUUUCGCGUGA